AUGCCAGUCGCUCCGCUGCUCCUUGUGGCGUCGCCGCUGAUAGGUUUGUCCUCUUCACGCUCAGCUCAUGCAACUGGUUCCGCGGAGGCAGGGCCAUCAGCGACAGCAUUGCGAACGAGCGCGCGGCGCCACGCACUGUCGAGCACCACCAUCUUUGAUCUCCAAGGCGCUGGAGUUUCCACGGCCUCGCUGCAACCGGGAGGCCGGCGGUGCUACGCAACUACCGCCACAACGUCGACCCAGGUCAGUACGCCAACAGCAACUCCGUCAGCGGCAGGGAGUGUGUCAGCAUCCUGGCGCUCAAAGCAACCACGGCACCACCAGGUGAUUGACCUCGGCAAUAGUUUGUCAGUGGUGGUCCCUGUCGUGGGCCGUUCACCCACGCCGUCUUCGCCGAGGCACCAUCGGGACAGUCGCCGGCACCAUAGCCACACAAGAAGCAAAGCCACUCGUCGCCACCGCCACAGCGCACCCCACGUCUCCACCAGUGACGGUCGUACAGAGGCCAGUGCAGCGGACGGUGCCGUACGCGUACACUCGCAGCACGAGUCGAAGCAGACGCCUCAGGCUCGAACGCAUCCGCGUCAGGCAACCUCCUCGUUGUUGCUGCCGUCCCCUCACCAGCAGCAGCACGAUACACAAGGAGCGCUGGAGACCAACCAAGAAGGGCUUCUGCGCAUUCCUCACACAGCGGCCGAGGCGGUCGCGCUGCUCGAGUGUGCGACGGUGCUGGAGGCACUCGAGGCCUCUUCUUUGUCUCACGUGCCGCCGCGCUCUGCAACACCAGCUGCUGGUGCUGACAACGUGCGCGCCAACUUUGAAGAGCUGCAAAAUCGAGCGCUUCCACUUCUCUUCCACCUCGCGCAGACUGCCGCCACGCCGUCGGCUCCUGGCGCUGCCGGAGAAGUCGUGGCAGCCACCAACGCAGAGCUGGCAACGGCGCUGGAGUGCUUGGCAGCCCAUCUGCAGCACAUGGCAGCGGCCGCACGUACGGAUGGUCGCCGGCACGUAUCGGCGCUGCCGCCGGCGGUGGUGGUGGCGCUCUGGGUACAGGUGAUGCCGUACGUGCACCGAUGCGUUCACAAAGGAGAAGCAUCACCACCGCCGCUACAGCCGAAGCUCGAAGAGAUGGACGGAGGCGCGCACGAGUGCGCAGGCGAAGCAGAGACCUCAGUACUCGGAGACGUCGAGGACGCCACGACUGAGCUGCGGAAUGGCACGGAUGCUCUUACGUCAUCAACGGCUGCGUCCAAGACCCUCGCCGUCUCCGCGAAUUCAGUGAAGAAAUCCACGUACGUGUCGCUCCGCCGCGCCCUUUCCCUGCACACACGGCGGAUUGCAUCACUGCUGCCGCCACCCGCCCUCGCGCUCGUGCUCACGCGCAUGUACCACUGCGGUGCACUCGCCGACGACAUCCUCGGCCCAAUCGUCGCCGACCGUAUCGAGGCACUGCGGAGGAGUGCGUCCGAUCACGCGACAAGUCACGGCAACUCGAUCGCGGCGCUGCGACAGCGUGUCCUUCGACUGCCCGACGGCGACGGGCGAGACGCGGCCCCACCGGUUGCCGGUUUCACUGGAGCCGCGGCCGUGACCAUGGCGCGCCUACUGGGCCGCGCUGCGACACCCGGUCAUCACCAACUCCACCGGUUCUUCCAUCUUGCGUUGCUGCCGGAGGUCACCCGAGUGUUAGCGUGCGCGGCAGAGCGGGCCAUGCAGAGCGCGGCCGACGAGGCGACUGGGGAAGCUGCCGAGGUGCCCCCUGGCGCGGACGCGCUGCUGGACUUGACAGCAGCUCUGCGUCACUACGCCGUCUCGGGGCACGCCGUCACGCACCUGACGACGCUUUGGAUAAUUCACUUUGCGGAUCGUCAAUGCCAGGGCGAUGCCGCAGCCGCCUUAUUCGUGGAGUGCGCUGCUUUACUGCGGGCUGUGUCAAGCGCUCCGUCAGCGUCGAACCGCACGCAGCGGCGACGAGCGCGCCACAUCAGCCCUGACGGCAGUCACGGUGGACUGAGCGCCACUCAGCAACGGAGGCGACUGCUGGAAGUGACGGAAGGGGACUACUACCCCUUGGUGGACGUGGCGUGCGCACAGGUGUGCCGAUUGUGCAGUCAUGCACAAAGCUGUGCCGACACCAGCAACACGGCGGCACUGGCCUCGACGCAGCUGCUUGCGCUGCUGUGUCUACUGACGCGUGUGAACAGUCCGCACUGGGCCGAGACGUACGAGGCGCUCGCCAGCGCUGUCCUAGCCGCACUGACCCGCGCUGCCGCCUCCCUUGCCGCCGCCGCCGCCCCGUCGCGGUCAGAGGAGGAGGUGCUAGAGCAGUUGCUUCCUCUGACCGAUGCGCGGCGCACGUUGCACGCGCUGCUGCACCGCGACUCUCUCAUCCCUGAUCACCCACUGCAUCGUGUGCUGCUGCGGCGUCUUCUGUACUCGCCAGCCGCGAUGACGGACACCGCAGUGGCGUCACAGGUGCUGCUGGGGCUGGAGUUGAUGGUCCCUGUGGAGGUAAGAAGCGCACACGCCGAUGAAGGCUCAGCAACCACCGCGGCCCCCGCGGUAACAGACGACAGCACCCGCAGCAACGACGCUCUUACGGCCGCCACCGCCGCCCUCAAUCCAUCUGCUGACCCAACGGAGGCGCUUGUCACAGCCACGCUUGGCACGGCAGCCAAGCGAUUGCUAUCCACGGUCGUCAUCACUCCUGAUGACCGCCACCGCGCCCUGCAGGUGUUCCGUCGACUUGGCCGCUCCAUCAAGCCCACCGCCUUCAUGGCGGGGCUGUGCGUCGUCCCGCUCGACACGCUCCCUCACACCGCGCAGGUUGCUGUGGUGAACCACCUCACGUCUGUCGCCUCCGCUGUCUCUCCGUCGUACUUGGUCAAGGGCAUGGAGGCGGUGGUCCGCCAGCUCCCUUCGUCCGUAGUCGACGAUGUGUCGGUGCAGCACUGGUUUUCCCGCUUCACUGCCCGGGACGUCGCGCGGCGUAUCGACCCUGUCGGCUGUGCCGUGCUGCUGAACAUACUCUCUUCAAAUCCGCGGUACCAGCGCAACUGCGCGCUGGCGAAGGAGUGCAUUACACGCCGCAUUGGCGUGGCGCUGCGGCAGACAGGGGAGGGCGGCGCAAGCGGGGCUGUCGCUGGCGCCGUGUCUCUCGAAACGCUCCCGUACGUCGUGACGUCCCUGCAGCGCGCCAACGUCUUCCUACCGCAGUACUACUCACGUGCUUGUCGACUACUGCUUGGCCAGGUGGAGCAGGCGUCUCUUGGCGAGAUUCUGGAGUCGUUUGCGGUAGUGGCGGAGGCGUACAUGAACCGCCAGCGCAGUGAGGCGCAGGCGAGUGUCUUCAAGGAUGUAUGGGAACUCCUGCGUGGUCGCGUAAUGGAAGAGGCGAGGCGACUGACGGCGCGAGAGACGCUCACGGCCAUCAACGCGUUUGCCGCGCUCGAUGUGACGGACAAGGCCCUUUUCGGUGUCCUCGUCUACCAGCUUUGGGCGUGCCUGCGCACAGCAGAGGCGGCAGUGGCCGACGCGGCUGCCACGACCAGCGAUGGUGCCGAAGCCGCGGAGGCGCACGUGCACAGACGUGUGCAGGCUGCCCAGCACAUACUGCGCGCCCUGACACCGAGCGCAGUGGCGGUCGUGACAACCGUGCUCUUCGCCAGGAGCGACGCCCGUGCAUCUGGCGCGGCACAAGCGCAGGGGGCGACGGCGGUAGGCGGGGUAGGGGAAGGUGAAGACGAGGACGGCAACCUUGUUUGCUCACUGCUCCCAUGGAUGCUUCUCGCUCUCCGGGACUGCCACACCGAGCUCUACCCGGUAGAUGUGCUACAUUUGAUGCCAUCGCUCCUAGAGCAUUACGCAGCCGCAGCUGCAGCUGCAGUCGAAGACCCCAGUGCACCCUCGGGCCAUGGGGACCGGCACGCAGAACUAUUGCACGCUGCCUACGAUGCCUGCCGGAACACGUUCCUCCUCAUGUACGCCCUCUUGCCUGACACCGUCACCGCAACGCAGCAGCCUCUGCUACCUGUGGCGGAGCAGCAGCGCAUUGCGGAACAGCGUGCGCAGUGGACACCGGCGACGAAGCUGUCCGUGGAGGUGGUGCCUCGUCCGUGGUUCGCGUCCUUGCUUGUCAGUCUCAGCAGUGCCGCCCUCCUCGACGACGCCGUGGCGCUCGCGUGCGUGCGGCGUGCGUGUACACGGCGCGUCUGUGGCAGUCUUCUGCCCAUCUCACAGCUCGUUGACGUGUGUUUGAGCCUCUGCUGGCUAACCACCUCAACGGGCCUCAGCGCAACCACCAACGCCGCCAGUGCUAGCGCCACCGCGCACAGUAACACGGGCGCGCAGGCCCCCGCAACGCCGCCCGUUACGUGCGCCGACGACCUCUCCUCCUCGUCGCCCUCCUCCGCGCUACCCACGCCUGGUACUGUUCUCCGCAGUGCGAUGGCCACGGUGCUCUCCGCGCUUUGGAAGCGCAGUGACGAGCUCACAAGCGCGCAAAUCAGCGCGCUGCUGCGCUGCCUGCGCGACACCUACGGCGCCGAAAAGGUGGACGCCGACUUCGUAGAGCGACUGGAGGCACAGAAGGCGCUGCUGCUCGUGCAGGGCCAGCAGAUGAGGUCGAGCGCCGCACCGACGAGCUCCCUCAGCGAGGCCAGGGCAUCGAACGGCAGCGGUGGCGUCGCUAGCGACGUCUCCUCACCACAGCAGCAGAAGCCAAAACCUGUCGCUCAAGUGGAUGCAGAAGACCUCUUCAGCACGAUGUAG